AAAAGUGCUUUUCCCUAAGUAAUCUCAAAGAAAGGCAUAUAUUUUUUUAUUCUCAUACUGGUUGCUAUAUGUCUUAUAGUAAAAUACUUAACAUUCAUCAAAACUAAAAGAUGAUCAUAUUGAUUUUCAUUUCAGUCUAGUGGGUACUUGAUUUUAAUGAGCUCACUAGAUCCUCUUAGUAUAUUUACCAAAGUGUAAACAUGUACCUUUAUUCAUAGCUAAAUGUUAAUGUUUUAAAUGUAAUUUUGUUGAACACAAUAAAAAAUAUGAUUAACUACAUGUAGAUUUUUCUGUAAUAAGAUAAGAGAAUAGAAACUUACUCUAGUUGGCAUGGCAAGAACACUGGCUCCAUGGCUACAUUGCUCAGAUACUAAUCCUAAUUCUGCCCCUUAUUCUGGGACAAGUAAUUUGACUUUCCAUAUCUAUUUCCUAAUAUAUAAAAUAGGAAUAGUAAUGCCACCUAACUCAUAGGGUUGUUGUGAAGCUCAAUUAAUUGAAUAUGUGUAAAAUUUUAGAAGAGUGCCUGGCUCAUUUUAGUAUUCAAUAAACAUUAGCUCUUCAUACAAGUAUUACAUAAAUUGUUUCACUUUCAGCCCACAGAUGGCUAUUAGCUCAGAUACACAGCUAAUAAAUAUAAAGACAUAUAUUAGGGCCCCAGCCCGGUAGUGGACAAGAUUUCAUUGCACUCAGUGGAGUCUUCUCCCUGGCUGGCUCACUUAAAAAGCCUACUAUGAGUUGCUAUACUAACUUAAUGUUAUUAUGAGUUACAUAAACAAUUAAAUUAAAUGAUCUCUAAAAACAGAAGGAAAAAAUUCAGACUGACAGUACAGCAAAUAAAUAUGUCUAUAAAAUCCAUUUCUAUCAACUGACUUCAUUGUUUUAAUAAUAUUGGACAAUUUUUAUUUUCACAUUGGAAUAAUUAGGCAUAUGAAAGCUCUUAAAGUAGCUGCAGUUGAAUAUAAAUUAUACAUAGUAUCUUUUUUUAAACAAAAGGAUGGCUAGGGGAAAGGAUAUCUGUAUAUAUUUUUGUGUUUUAUUUAUUCCAUGGCUGCAGUUCAUAAUUAGCAAUUCCUUAGGGUAAAAUCUUACUGUCUUUUUACAGGUAUUCUCAAAGAUGCAAAUUGUCUGUUUGGGACUGCUCCUUUUCAGUCUGACCUGGGCAGCACCGGCUUCUCAACCACAGACUGAGAAAACUAAGCAAGACUGUGUGGAAGAACAGAAGAUAACGUACAAAGGCCACCAUGAGAGACAAGGGUAUUAUAUGUAUAAGUACAUUCACACAUCAUCUGGGAGGAAAAAUCAAACUGACAUAAAGCACGAUGAAAAAAACAAAGACAAUAUUGCUUCUCACCAUUCUGGCAAGAGACGAAAUCAAAAGACGGCACCUAAAGAAAAUAUGGUCCCGGAAAGAGGAAAAAACUUGUCUCUUCUUGAAGCCAAUGACAAUAGCCUAAGUAGUAAAUCCCAAAAUCUUUUAGAAAAAAGACAGACAAUGAAUGAAGACUAUAGUAUCAGUAACAAACAAAAUACCCACAGUGAUCUGAAGAUGUCCAUUUAUCAUGAAUCCACUGAGGACAGAGAUGAUGCCAUCAGCCAGCUACAUGGCCAAGAAGAAUAUGGUGCCGCUGUCAUCAGAAAUAUGCGACAUAUGAUGGAGCCAUGGAGUUUGCUUGAACUCUCAGGGAAGGAAAACAGAGAGAACAAACCCAGGAAUGUCCUGAACACAAUUCCAGCAGGUGUGAACUAUGCUAAAGCCCCCUCAAAAGAUGAGAAGAAUCAUCAAAGAGAUCUCCAAGCCCAGAAUAUUCCAGUAAAAAGCAAAAGCACCCACCAUAUCCCAUUCAACACUGUCUAUUCAAAACGGCUUCCAAAAGUCAAAAAAAUCCCCAGUACUUGGGAAGGCAGUGGUUACCCAGAUCUUCAAAAGAGGGGGGACAAUGACAUUGUUCCUUUCAGUGGAGACGGCCAACCUUUUAAGGACAUAUCUGAUAAAGGAGAAGCUAUUGGUCCUGACACAGAAGGUGCAGACAUUCAAAUAGAGUUUUCCAGCCCAAGUGAAGCUGAGACUGUGAAUCCUGAUGCAAGAGGACCAGGUUAUAAUGAGAUCCCAGAGGAAGAGGAAAAUGGCAGAGAUACAAUUGGAACCAGGGAUGAAACAGCGAAAGAGGCAGAUGGAGCUGACGUCAGCCUAGUGGGAGGCAGCAAUGACAUCACAGGAAGCACUGAUUUUAAGGAACUCCCUGGAAAGGAAGGAAACAGAGUGGAUGUCAGCAGCCAAAAUGCUCACCAAGGGAAAGUAGAGUUUCAUUAUCCUCCUGCACCUUCAAAAGAGAAGAGAAAAGAAGGCAGUAGUGAGGUAGCUGAGAGCACUGAUCAUAAUGAAAUUCCAAAACAUGGCAAAGGUAGUAGUAGAAAAGGUACAGAACAUUCUGUAGUGAGUGAGAAGCAAAGGCUGCCUCAUAAGGGCAAAAGUCAGGGCCGGCUCAUUCCUUCUUAUGGUCUCGAUAAUGAAAUUAGAAAUGAAAUAGGUCCCCAUGAUUAUACACCCCACAGACAAAAUAAUUCUACACGGAAUAAGGGCAUGCCACAAAGGAAACGCUUCUGGGGUUACAGAAAACCCCAUUACAGGAGGAGGUUUAGCGCCCCUAAAAAGUAUGACAGUAGCGAAUCAUCUAACAGUGGCAGUUCGAGUGAGAGUGACGGCGACUAGUUCACUAGAAAAUCCCAGCAGGACACAGGUUUGAACGCCUGGUCACCGGCGACGUGAUGGUGAAGGCAAGCCAUGGACAGGAGGCAGCAGAUGGAAGGGCGGAGCAGCAACUGAGCAAGCCAAGAGACCUGGCCUCUUGGCGAGAAUUGUUGCUAUUUUUAUGGGUAUAGUAUGAAAUUCUAUUCAGUUAUGAUGCUUUUUUUAUGGAAAAAAGUUCAUUAAGGACUUAUGAAAGAGAUAAUAUUUGAAUAGCUGUCAUUUAAAAUAGUUUGUGAAUGUCACAAAAGUCUUCCUUUAUUGUUUGCUCUGUAGACAUGAAAAUAAACAGUAUCUCUCCUAUGAUAAUCUGUCAUUAAAUCGGUCUGUAAGAAAGUCUGUUGUCUGUGGUACUGCAUUUCAGAGGCAACAAGGUCAGUCUUGCCUCUGGCAAGGGCGGCGCUCUGGAAUGAGUCGGGGAAUGAAGCCGGAAAGCAUUCCCUCAUCCCGCCCCGGUUAAGCCAGCCUUUCUUUUUCCUCUGACUUCCCUCUGCUCCAAUGAAGAUACCCACUUCACAUCUUCCUACGCUCCUUCCUAUGUUGCAUAUUUAUAACUUUCUAUAAGGCAUUUUUUAUUUCCUGAAAUGAAUCUCCAUGUUAUUUUUCUUAAUUCUACCCCCUUUCAGAGAAAGAGGGAAUGGGAUGGAGGACGGGGAGCAGGGAGAAUUUGAGAAGGGGAGACACAACUGCAAAGCCAAGACAAAAACUUACUUGGUAGGUCCUAUUCAUUGACUGAUCCCAAAUCAUUUCCAGCCCAUUUCUUCUUCCUAUCCUUUAGUAUACUUGCUUUUCCAGCUAACAGUCUAGUGACACUCUUCUGGAAAUUAGACCUAAGCUUCCUG